AUUGUCGUGCGCGGAAGCGUCGCGCGCGCAACUGUCGUGCGCGGUAGUGUCGGUGCACAAAUGUCACGCGCAGAAAUAUCGUGGAACCUUCAAUUCAAAUGUUUGAAAAAGACACUAACUUCGAAAAUAUGUAAAAUAAAUGAAGGAUAGAGACAGAAAACUGUACACAGUUAUUAUACAGCAAUCAGCAAUACAAUUGGGAACUGUCAAAAGAGCAAAUCGGCUUGAGCGCGUAACGCGUAACUUCAAGACCAGAAGUUUGAAUUCAUCAUAUACGAAAUUCAUUGUCACCACCGUGUAGAGCAUGGUCUAAAGUGUAGGGAAAUAUAUUUUGCUUCAUUAAUAACUAUGUCAAAGUGUAUUUGGUAAUUUGUAAUAGAGAUAUUACUCACAGUUAUAGAAAAUUCUUCUAUUUAGACCACUAAUGAACCUAACCGAUAUAUCGAAGCAGUUUGAAAUCAACAAAGUUGAUUAAGGCUGAUCAAGACUAUGAUAGUAGAUGUGUCUUUUGACAUAACAAAUGAUUUUGUAUGUGUUAUACUUUUUUGUAACGAGCUUGUCUAAAACUGCCCACUUUAUAACGUCAUCGCGUAACGAAAAAUGAGUAUUGUUUUUUUUCAUUUGUCGGUCUUUAUUUUUUUUGGCAAAAAAUAAAUAUCUAAAGCUAGUUUUUUUAUGAGCUAUCUAAUACACCUAUUUUCCCAGAGAAAGAUUCCGUUUUAUAAUAAUUUUACGUAACGCGAUGACGUUUUUUGUAUUUUUUAUAUCUAUGAAAAAAAUAUUUCCAUAUAGUAGUUUCUUAGGCAAAAACCACUAUAAACUAUAUUUAAUGUAUUCUUUAUUAAUUACUGACAGAUUGCCAUAAGAGUAUAGCUGAUUGAUUUAAUAAGUUGAUUGCGUUCAGUUAGAAUGAAAUUAUCAAUCUAAAUUAUCUAUCAUUUCUAUGAUAUAUGCGUAAGGUGGGAGCACUCAAAAUUUCAGUUAACACUUUUUCUCCAUGAUUUAUAUAUGGUUGGAUAGAGCUCAAAAAACUGUGUAAGUAAAUGUACUUUUAAAGUCAUUUUCCUAUUUUAUAAGAUUUUAAACCCUUAAAAGACCGAGAUCAUACUGUUACUAGGACGAUUUCGUAUAAAAUGAUCUUAGUAUUUUGAGGUUUUUAAUAUUUAUAAAAUAGGAAAAUGAAUUGAAAAAUACAUUUUCUUAGAUAGUUUUUUGAGUUCUAUCGAACGAUAUAUAAAUUAUGAAGAAAAAGUGUUAACUGAAAUUUUGAGUUUUUCUCAUUAUAUAAAUAUAUGGGUAUCUCUAUUAGUCAAACUGAUUUAUUGCUUUUAUGAUUUCUUAUUGUACUAGAGGAAUCAAUAAACACAACGUCUCACAUGUGCACAUUCUAAGUGUAAAAUAAAAAUAGUAUCUUGUCUUUAUAUAGGUGUACACAUAAUAAAAUGAACCAUGAAAAAAAAUUGUUGCAAAAGUCAUCAUCAUCGCGUUAUGAGACCGUCAUCGCGUUACGAGACCGUCAUCGCGUUACAUUAAUCAAACUGAUUUCUAUUCAAAAUAAGAAGUCUGUUCGAAGAAGAUUUUGCUCUGUUGGAUACCUCCAACUGUUGGCUACAAAAUAUGCAUAGAACGUUUCUUUGAAUACAGUAUACAUUCGCAGAGAAAUAAAAAACAACUAUGUCACUCAACUUUUUGUCCCUUUCUCAUCAUCGCGUUACGCCAUGUAUUUUUGCUAUAGUCCUCAAACCGCUCGCUCAAGUGAGCUCAUACUCUCAGGGAUAUUGCAGAAGGUAGAGAUGCAUCUUACAACGAAACAAGAAAUCCUCUGAGCAAUCUGAAUGUUGAUAAAAAUUAAUAAAACUGUGGCCAAAACGUCAUCGCAUUACGCUUGCUCAAGCCGAAAUAUUGAGUUUUCCAUAAAAACAUUUUUCCUUGUUAUUAUCGUUGGAAAUAGAUCAUAAGUUUAACUAUCGAUUUCAUUGUAAAUUAUGUCGGUGAAGAAAUGAAGCGAUGUUGUGUCAUUGACAUUUUGUGUAACAAUCCUAUGAAGUUGAAGAGCUGUUAGCUCCAUAUGUGUAGAACAAAAGAGGGACAAGCAGUGUCACUGAUGUUAUGUGACAGAACGAUGAAAAAGAUGACCUUCGUGGGAAUCGAACCCACAUUUCCUGCUAUCCGGGCAGAUGUCCUAAGCCAAUUAGACUAGAAGGCGCAUCUUAAUCAUCGUUUAGCGUCCAAGUGAUUCAUCAUGGAUGCUAACAAGAGCAAAAUAAAGGAAGAAAUGGAUGAUUGAUUGAAAAUAUUACAAUGAAUAACUUUUAUUUAACAAAAAAAAACUUACAAAAAUAAUCGUUGUCAACUUUGUUAACAACUUGACUCAAAAAGAAUUCUCGUCUUGUAACAAAAUCCGAUAUCUAUGAAGAGAAAAUUUCUCUCUCUUAUUUUAAUAAUUUUUCUUCUCUCUAUUUUAGACUAUCCAUUACGUUCUCCAUCCAGCACCAACAUUCAUCUGAAUGCUCGAUGGCAACAAAAUGGUAUCACUGUAGCUGGAGGAAAUCGACAAGGCAAUGGAAUCAAUCAACUCUCAAACCCAUAUGGUUUGUAUGUUGAUGAUGAUCAAACAAUCUAUGUUGCUGAAUGGUCGAAUCAUCGUAUUGUGGAAUGGAAACGAGGUGCAACAAGUGGCCAAGUGGUUGCUGGUGGAAAUGGACAAGGAAGUGGAGAUCAUCAAUUGUAUAACCCAUAUGAUGUGAUUAUCGACAAAGAGAGAGAUAGUCUCAUCAUAUGCGAUUAUUCGAAUAGAAGAGUGGUUCGAUGGCCUCGUCGAAAUGGGACAAGUGGAGAAACAAUCAUCUCCAACAUCUCUUGUGUGGGUUUGACAAUGGACGAGAAUGGAUCUCUCUAUGUCACUGAUGUUGGAAAACAUGAAGUGAGACGAUAUCGAAGAGGAGAAUCUCAAGGAACAGUGGUU